UAAUCCUAAUGUUUGUGAUUCCGAGCAUUCGUUCUGUGCAACAAUAGAAAAUGGGAGGAGGGAAAGAAGAAAAGGAGGAUAUCAUUGAAGUAAUUACCGCUAUUUACAAAGUUAAUUUGCAUUGCCCUAAAUGUGGGAGCAAUAUCAAGAAGCAUCUCCUUACUAUUGAAGGAGUGCACAGUGUUGAAAUAGAUACUGAGAAAGGGGAGAUCAAAGCAAAAGGAAAAUUAGAUCCUUUGAAAAUAUUGAAGAUUAUAGAGAAGAAAAGCAAGAGAAAAGUUGAAUUAAUAUCACCAAAGAUCAAGCCCAAGGAGAAUAUUCCCACGGAUUCAAAGCCAAAGGAAAAGAAAGAACCAAUUGUACGGACAAUUACGGUGAAGACGCACAUGCAUUGUGACAAAUGUGAAGCUGAUCUCAGAACCACGUUGCUGAAGCAUAAAGGUAUUUUCAAUGUUAAAAUAGACAAGAAAGUUCACACUGUUACAGUUGAAGGCACAAUUGAAGAAGAGAAGUUGAUAUCAUUCAUGAAAAAAAAGGUGCACAAAAAUGCAGAGGUUAUUUCCAUAAAGGAAUUGAAAAAGGUGGAGAAAAAAGAAGUCAAAGAAGAAGGAGGAAAAUCUAGUGAAUCAUCAAAGAAGAAAGAUGGUGAAACAACAAAGGAAAAAGAUGAGACUAAGACAAAAGACAGUGUUCCUUAUUUCAUUCACUAUGUUUAUGCUCCUCAACUUUUCAGUGAUGAGAAUCCAAAUUCUUGUUCUAUUUUCUAGUUACAUAAAUUUAAAAGUGAUCUAAAUAAAUUAUU